UGCACAGUCUAUAUGGGUAACACCCCCCUCUCUCUGCCUCACUCCCUCCCCUCUCCAGGAGCCGUAUUGAGCUGUGGGGCUGGGACAUUCCUGGUUUGACGACCAGCUCCGCCGCUGCCAUGAUUUGCUGAGCAACUCGACACUGGCUUCAAAGAUGCGUGUGUGGAGGAGGCAGCGUUCAGAAACGGACAGACACAAGUUACAAUAACAGGUUACACAGUGAGCUCACCGAGCCGGGACGUUACGCUUUGAGACGAACACGAGGACCGAAAACUUCCGAGGACAAAACUCUUCACCACCUCCACUCCGAGUUCAGAGCAGGACCAGGGGGAGUUGUCGCACCUUGGCCCCGAAGUCUGCGCCGCUGCUCGGGUCUGAAAACUCUCUUUCCCCCGCUGAGUUCAUGUUCCUCCCGUCGUGUCGCACUUUGAGCCCGGCUCUAAUGGAGGGCCCCGUACGGAUUUGCCUCCAGAAGAAUGUGUUUGGCUGCUGAUUCUCCCGACGGCUCGCAGCUUUUGCCCUCCUGUAAGAGAGGUUUGCAGAUCAGACGAGGGUGUACGUGUUGGGCAACACGGCUGCUGGCAGGGGUCAAAGUGCACCAUGGACAGUGGCCUAAGGGUCCUCCUGUCCACUGUGCUGUGUCUCAGCCAGUCGUUGCUCAUCAGCUGCUCAUCUCAGUACCCGUCUUUCCACUCUGAGCCAUCCUCCUUGGUCCAGAGUCAAGGCUCUGUCGCUCAUCUAAGCUGCUCAGUAAGUCCUUCAUCGGCGGUUGUUUCCUGGCGUUUUCAAGGUCUUCCCCUGGACCCGGACACGCUGCCUGGUGUGGAGCUCAACCAGGGCUCCCUCAUCAUCUCCUCCCUGACGCCCAGCCAUGUUGGCGUGUACCAGUGUGUGGCACGCUUAGACCACGGGCCCGCCAUCGCCAGCCGCCACGCACACGUGGCUAUAGCAGAAAUAUCAGAAUAUGAAGACGGCCGACGGCGGUCGUUAUCAGUGCAGGAAGGAAGCAGUGUUCUUAUAGAGUGUCCGCUACCACACAGCGUGCCUCCAGCCCUGCCCAGACUGAGAGUCCGAGGGGAGCGGAUAGAAGUGUCAACAGAUGACUAUUUAGUUCUUCCGUCUGGGAACCUCCAGAUUAUUUCCGUUUCAGCCCAGCAUCAGGGCAUGUACAAAUGUGGUGCGUUCAACCCUGUUACCGGGGAAACCAUCAUGCAGUCUCAUGGUACUAAGCUAUCAGUGAAACAUUCGGACUCCCCCUCCCCAGUGAGGAUAGUUUACCCCUCCACUCCCAUGAAUGUGUCGGUGCAGCAGUCUCAGUCCCUGACGUUAGAGUGCAUCGUGUCUGGUAGUCCUGCUCCGGCAGCUAAAUGGUUCAAAAAUGGUCAAGAGGUCACACCAGGACCUCUCCUCCGACAACAGCACAACAACCUGGUCUUUGUGACGGUGACGAGGAGUGAUGAAGGAAGUUACACGUGUGCUGCUGAGACGGAGCAGGGCACUGUGAGCAGCGCUAACUACACUGUGAAUGUUCUUGAGUCAGUGUCGAUCACUGAAGGUCUGACAGAUCAGCUCGUCUCUCCUGGCUCCUCUGCUCAGUUUACCUGUCUAGCUAAAGGAAACCCCUCCCCAAACAUCACCUGGCUGUUCAAUGCUGAACCCAUCGUCCCCUCACAUCGAUUUCAGAUCUCUGGAUCCUCGCUUGUCGUGACAGAUGUGACACCGCUGGAUGAGGGCGUGUUUCAGUGUCUACUGGACAACGGCAUCAGCUCGGCACAGUCGUAUGGAGCGCUAACAACACAGACAGAUCCACUGCUAAGCUCCACCCCCUCGCCAUCCCUACACCCCAUGCAGAGUGAUGAGGGCCAUGAGCGCUUCCUGACCAAAGAUGAGGGUGACGCCCUGAGCGUGCCAGCUGAGCGGAGCAGCGACCGUCCGACUCCAGAGGCUCCAAUCAUCAUCAGCCCGCCACAGACUCACAAACCUGAUGUGUAUGACCUGGAGUGGAAGGCGGGGCGGGAUGGGGGAAGUCCAAUCAGCGCUUACUUUGUAAAAUACCGUAAGGUUGAUGAAAUGGGAACAGUGGUGGGGAACUGGCACACAGUCCGUGUCCCUGGCAGUGAAAAGACACUCCGGCUGUCAGAGCUGGAGUCCUCCAGUCUCUACGAGGUGCUGAUGGUGGCUCGAAGCUCAGCAGGCGAGGGACAGCCGGCCAUGCUCACCUUUCGAACCGGCAAAGAGAAGAGCACCACCUCCAACAAGAACCCGUCAAAGCCUCCCGUCAUCUCGAUGGCACCCAAAGCUCCAGAGGAUAAAACCCCCAACACCCACUUUGGUGUGGUCAUACACGACAGAGUGCCCGAGGCUCCUGACCGCCCCACCAUCUCGAUGGCGACUGAGAGUUCGGUAUAUGUCACCUGGAUCCCGAGGGCCAAUGGUGGGUCUCCAAUCACAGCUUUCCGCGUGGAGUACAGACGUGGGCGCAGUACAGAGUGGGUUGUAGCUGCAGACAACAUUUCACCUCUCAAACUGUCAGUGGAAGUCCGCAAUCUGGAGCCUGGUUCCACCUACAAGUUCCGUGUCGUGGCCAUGAACAUGUAUGGUGAGAGUCCUCACAGCAUCCCGUCUAAGCUGUACCAGGUUCCUCAGGCCAGUCCACGAAUCGCAGACCGCCCUGUUGUUGGACCUCACAUCUCAUCCACAGACGCCAUCAGCGACACCCAGAUCAUGCUGCGCUGGACUGUGAGUACUUAUAAUCCCUCGAGUAACAACAACACCCCGAUCCAGGGUUUCUACAUUUACUACCGGCCCACAGACAGCGACAACGACAGCGACUACAAGAGAGACAUAGUGGAAGGUGUGAAACACUGGCACAUGAUUGGUCACCUCCAACCUGAGACCUCCUAUGAUAUCAAGAUGCAGUGCUUUAAUGACGGCGGAGAGAGCGAAUACAGCAACGUCAUGAUCUGUGAGACCAGAGCACGUCAGUCCCCUGGGUCACCCAGUCAGCACCCCAUCACCCCACCAGGCCCCCACCCUCAGGAGCCACCCAGCCCACCUGGGGGUCUGCUGUACCUGAUCGUGGGCUGUGUUCUCGGAGUGAUGGUGCUCAUCCUGUUGGCUUUCAUCGCCAUGUGUCUGUGGAGGAAUCGCCAGCAGAACAACAUGCACAAGUAUGACCCUCCUGGCUACCUGUACCAGACAGCGGAGAUGAACGGCCAUGUUCUCGAGUACACCACACUGCCCGGCUCCAGCCGCAUCAAUGGAGGCGUCCACGGGGGCUACGGGCACAGCGGCCCCAUGUUGCCCCAAGGGUGCCAUCACCUCCACCACAAACUCCCCAAUGGUUUGGCUCUGCUCAACGGCUCAGGCAGCCUGUUUUCCCCCGGCCACCCACACAGCCACGACGGCACCCUGCCUCACAGCACCCGGGACUGCGAGCGCUCCCACCCACACCACCACCAUAACGGUGGAGGCCUGUACACCGCUCUCCCCCAAACAGAGUCGUCUGACUGUAUGAGCUGUCAGAACCUCUGCAACAAUAACAGAUGUUACAACAAGGCCAACGGCACGUUCUCCAGCGGCACUCUGCCUUUAAUGCACCGUGUGGCGCCAUGCCAGCAGGACGGGCUGGAGAUGGUUCCUCUGGGUCAGGUCUCAUCGCAGUGCCACCGCUCUGACGGUCAGAUGCAGUGUGGCGAGCAGGGGGCCGACGCGGGGUACCAACCAGAUGAGCACAGGGAGUCCUCGCCCUCGCAGCAUUCCUGCUGUCUGAGCGCCAACAAUGAAAACUGUCCAGCAGACAACACUGCUGAAGAGGAGCUGGAGUGCGAGGACAUGGAAGGGCCUGUGGUGUGCUGGGAGAGUCUCGGCCUGCCAGACUUGGACUGUGACGAAAAGCCUGGGUGGAUCUCCAGCAGCAGCCUGGCAGGAGAACUUAUCCAGCCGGGCCCACAGGAGGUCUGAACCAAGCCCACACACAAGCGUGCUCUCUCUGGCCCUCUGCUGCAGCGUGGAGGGGUGCAGAGAGACCGGACAGGAGUGGAAAUAUGACCGGCGAUGGGAUAGUCAGAGACACUGCACGUUACGGUGACAAGGACACAAAAUGUCGACAGACUGAACUGAGAUGAGCGAUGUGGGAAAAGAAAGGAGAGAGAAGCCAGAUGGAGAGACGAAGAGGAAAAAAAAGUGCUCACAGACAGACACUAUAUCCCACUGGAGGAAAGACUCAUAAAAGAUCAAAAACUCUUUAGAUGACUUAUUUAUUUUUUGUAGUAGUAAAAUAUUAUUUCAUAUGAAUGUAUCUGUUUUAAAGGAAAAAGUUUGUCUUUUAUAUUAUUUAUGCCUUUUGGAUGAGAAAUACUUUUUAUUUUUUGUCGUUUUGUCCCUCUGUGUUCCACCCAACGUGGAGAUUAGCAAUUGUCUGUGUAAAGUUUUGUAAUAAUAUAAAGAGAAGAUAUGGAAGAGUAAACAACAAA